CGCCCCGUCCGUCGCCACGGCAACCGGCGUGCCCGCCAUGGCGGCGCCCAGCGUGUUCCUGCUGGCCGUGAGCGGCGAGAUCGAGAGCGGCGAGUUCCCGGGAUUCGAUGACCUCUACUGCAAGUUCUCCUUUGUCUACGGCCCGGACUGGGUCCCCACGGCGGGCCUGGAGGAGGGGAUCUCGCAGAUCACCUCCAAGAGCAGCGUCUCGCCCACCACGCUGGUCUGGAACUUCCCCAUCGACAUCACCUUCAAGAGCACCAACCCGUUCGGCUGGCCGCAGAUCGUGCUCAGCGUCUACGGGCCUGACUUCUUCGGGCACGACGUGGUCAGAGGCUACGGAGCUGUGCACCUGCCCUUCGUGCCUGGCAGGCACAAAAGAACCAUUGCCAUGUUUGUCCCCGAGUCCACCUCGAGGCUGCAGCAGCUCACAAGCUGGUUCACGGGCAGGCGCCCGGAGUUCACGGACCCCAAGGUGGUGGCGCAGGGCGAGGGACGGGAAGUGACCAGGGUGCGCUCGCAGGGCUUUGUCACCCUUUCCUUCAACGUCAUCACCAAGGACCUGCACAGGCUGGGCUACGACGUGGGCCAGGGGCCGCACGGCUGCUGAGCCCCUGGGGCAGGGCAGCUGCAGCUCAGGCUCCCCAAAAGCACCACCCGGGGCUGAGGAGCAAGGCUCGUCCUCUCACAGGGCUGAAGUGCUGUGGAAGUUCAUGGUAUUGGUAAUAUUCAGUGUUUUAUUGAUGAUUAUCAUAUUUUAUUCAAUGUUUUUAGGCGUCGCGCUCUCUCAGAGUAACAAAAUAUUUUUAUAGCUGCCUUUUGUACACUUUUUUAUAGAAUUAAUGACACACAAAGUUUCCAGCUGUAGCAGUUUCCCUGCAGUUAAAACUUUGCAAACCCAGUUUCUCUUUAGUGUUUUUUUUUUUUUUUCUGUUGCAAAUGAGGAAUUGAAAUUGUUGCACCUUCCAGAAUUGGUCCUGUGAAAUGCAUCCCCCUCUGAGCUCCUUUAGGCUGAAUAAACUCUGUUGUAUCAAUA